AAUAAACCUUAUUUUUCCCCACCAAUCACAAAAGCACUCCACCGUCAUUGUAUCAUACCAAAAAAAAAAAACAGAAAGUCUUCUCAAACUCCAAAAUUUGAAGAACAGCAAAUCUAAAUCCAACCAAUAGGAACUGAAGACAAGAUCAUCCAGAGAAAAAUGUUGGCAUUCGUGAAACGCUUUUCCUUGAAGCGAACAAAGCAUCCUCGCGGAUAUGAGGACCCUCAGGUUCUUGCAUCUGAAACUCCAUUUACGGUGAAUGAGAUAGAAGCUUUACACAAUUUAUUCAAGAAGCUAAGUACAUCCAUUAUCAACGAUGGUCUUAUCCACAAGGAAGAGUUUCUUCUGGCUUUGUUCAGAAACAGCAGUAUGCAAAAUCUAUUUGCCGACAGAGUGUUUUAUAUGUUUGAUAGGAAACGAAACGGUGUGAUUGAGUUUGGUGAAUUCGUUCGUUCACUAAGCAUCUUCCAUCCACACACUCCGGAACAUGAAAAGUCCUCAUUUAUGUUCAAGCUUUAUGACCUUGAUGGAACCGGCUUCAUCCAGCGCCAUGAGUUGAAGAAAAUGGUGGGCGCACUACUUAGCGAAACAGACUUAGGACUAUCGGAAGAAUCCAUUGAAGCCAUCGUCGAACAGACAAUGAUUGAGGUUGAUACGAACAAAGAUGGCAAAAUUGAUGAAGAAGAGUGGAAAGAGCUCGUCGCAAAGAAUCCUUCAAUCCUCAAAAACAUGACUUUACCCUACCUCAAGGAAGUGACUUUAGCAUUCCCAAGUUUCGUUCUUGACUCCGAAGUAGACGACUAAAAGUAGAAAGAAACCUCAUGAACAACGAACGUGCCAGCGUUUUUCCCGAUUUUAUUACCUCGAGGGCUUUUUUUAUGGGUAAAUCUCCAAAAUAGCACAUUUUUAAGUUUAUAUCACAAAAUAGCACUCAAAAACUAAAAUGACCAAAAUAGCACAUUUCUAAGUUUAUCCUUUGAAAAUUUUAAUUUUUUUAUUUUUCAAAAUUUGAAAUCUUAUCCCCAAAACCUCAUUUCUCAACUCUAAACCAUAAACCCUAAACUCUAAACCCUAAACCCUAAACGCUAAACCCUAAACCCUAAACCCUAAACUCUAAACCCUAAACCCUAAACUCUAAACCCUAAACCCUAAAUCCUAAACCCCACCUUUUAACUCUAAACCUUAAGUUUGUGACUUUUGAUAAAACAUUAAAUGCUAUUUUUGUGACUUUUGACCUUGAGUGCUAGUUUGGAAACAAAAACUUGAUUUAUUGCUAUUUUUGUCUUUUUCUUUUUUUUUAAUCCUUCUUUUGUAUUAAUUAUAUAUAAACCGGUCCGGUAAUACUUGAUACAAGGCUCAAAAUGAUUGGCGUUCUUUUUUUUUUUAAUUACUUUUCUUUACCA